AUAAUGCUUUUUCACAUGUAAUUUUAUUUUUUGAGAAAUUUGCCAAAUAUUCUAUGUUAAGUCUCCCCUUCUUGACUGUGGCUUAAGUCGUCAUUCACUCAGCGACAGAAACAACUCAAGUUUUGACAGCAGCAUUCAUUUUCCACUUUGGUGUGUGCUCUCGUAUUCCUCCAUAUUUAUAUUGUCGAGCCAGUGUUUUAAGGUAUUUGUCAAGAUGCAUGUGCUGCUUCUCAAAGAGCCAAGAGAUGGAGAGUCUGGACCUGAUCCUUACAUUAAGGAGCUGGCAUCACAUGGAUGCAAAGCAACCCUAAUUCCUGUGCUGUCUUUUAAGUUUGUCUCAUUGAACACUUUGUCAGAUAAGCUGUUCCAACCAGAGAAACAUGGUGGUCUGGUGUUUACCAGUCCACGAGCAGUGGAGGCUGUGAGGAUGUGCUUAGAAGCAGAAGAAAGAAGGGAAGAAUGGAACAGCUCUGUGAAAGACAAGUGGAACACCAAGUCCAUCUAUGUGGUUGGGAAGGCAACUGCUGCAUUAGUACGAAAUCUGGGUCUGAACCCUUUAGGCGAGGAUACAGGGACAGCAGAGGACCUGUCACGCGUCAUCAUUGAACGAGAGGACACAAAUAUUCCACCAUUUUUCUUCCCCUGUGGCUCAAUCAAAAGAGAAGUCUUGCCUACGGCUUUAAGGGACAAUGGAGUGCCCCUAGAGACUCUGACUGUCUAUCAAACAGCUGAACAUCCAGAUGUGGAGAAAAAUCUGAAGAACUAUUUCACAGAGCAGGGCGCCCCGGCCUGCAUAGCUUUCUUCAGUCCAUCCGGAGUGAAGUUUUGCCUGGAAGUGGUUCGGAGGCUGUCAGGCGAACAGCUGACUCAGAUAAAGUUUGCAGCCAUAGGGCCUACGACCCGAGACGCUAUGACAGCAGAGGGUCUGUGUGUCAGCUGUGCUGCAGAAAAGCCAACAGCUGAACACCUUGCAGCAGCGAUAGCCAAAGCUCUACAGUAACCAGCCGCAGGCUCAGACAUCCAUCCAGUUAAUCUUCUCUCCUUGUAUAUUCUGUGUUAUUUAUAUGUAUUUGUCUGUUUUACUUUACUGUUCAUCUUACCACUUUUACUUCAGCUACUUUGCACUACGAAAAAGUCGCUUUUUGUGCCAUAAAGGCCUAAAAAAUGUAAGUGAAUAUGAUUAUAAUUUUAAUUUAUGUUAAGCUUGCUCAAGAAAGUCAAUGUGGCGUUUAUUUUUGCAAAUAAACUCGGGUCAGCGGGGUGAU